AUGUCACGAUUCUGGGCAGCAGGCGGCGCCUCUUCAGGCAGCGAAAGCAGCGGCGACGACAGCAGUGAGUAUUCGAGUGAAAGCGAUGGCGGCAACAUGAAGAAUGACAAUCGUUGGGUGGCCAUGAGCGACAGUGACUCGAGUGAAGAAGAACAGCGCGUCGUCAAAUCCGCUAAGGAAAGAGCAUUGGAGAAUUUUGCCGGACACAUUAAGAAACUGCGCGAGCACAUGAAGCAACGCGAUUAUUACGCGGUUCAGGAGGAAUUUGACGCGUUAGCCAAGCAAAUGGUCAAAAGCAAAGCAGUCUUGGCUCAGGGAGUUCCACGGCCUUUGGUCCGAAUUCUCUGUGAUCUAGAAGACUAUAUCGCAGAACGACAGGCUGAUAAAGAAGCCUUCAAAAAACUGAGUGCCAGGCAAGGAAGAGCUCUCAAUCGCAUGAAACUCACUCUUAAGAAACACAACAAAGCCUAUGCCGUCGUCAUCAAACACUACAGAGACAAUCCAGUGGUCAGUGAUUCCGAUGAUUCUUCGGAUGACGAUAGUGAUGCAAAGGAUGAUGAUUCAGACGACUCAGAUGAUGACAGUGAUGAUUCUGAUGAUGACAGCGAUGCCAAGAAGAAAAAGAAGGUCAAAAAUGACAGUGAUGAUUCUGAUGAUUCCGACGACAGUGAUGAUGAUUCGGAUGGUGACGAUGACGACGAUUCCGACGGUGAUGGUGAUGAAGAAUGGGGCAGCGAUUCCGAAUCGUCUUCGUCCAGUGGCGAAGAAGAGGAAUACGCACAACUCAAGGGACGUGCACGAUGGCUCAAAAAGAAUACCGUUGCAAAGAGCAAAAAGGAAGAAAAAGAAGGAACCAAAGAAGAGAGACUCAAAAUCCGACAGGCACAAAAGGAAGCACAGCAGUUGGCCGCCAGACAAGCUGCCGAUGCCGUCACGGCAACCAAAUCCAUCAUUCCAGAAGCACUACUCAACCCGGCAUUGCUCAACAAAAAGGUCAAGGAAAUUGCCGCACAACGAGGACGCCGAGGAAAGGAUCCACGCGUACUACUACGACAACUGGAAGCACUCUCGCGUCUGUCGCUCCAAUAUGGACCUCGUAUUGAAAUUCCCAUUCUCAUGUAUGUGAUUAGUGCUCAAUUCUCACUCUUGCGGAAUAUGGAUGAUUGCAUGGAAACGGCCACGUGGAAAUCCUGUGCGGGCUAUCUGUCGCGGAUUGCGUCGGUGCUCGAAGAGGGAUAUGUCUUGACGGUAGAGGAACUCGAUGAAGCCGAUAUCUUGUUGGCCAAUACCAAGUCCAAUAACAAAAUGAAGGCUGCCGCCAAUGCCAGUGAUGGAGCCAUGGCCGCCGUUGCCGCAGUCGAAAAACUCAUCAAUCCUCAUACCAAGGAACCCGAAACCGAAGAUGAACGCGCCGAACGAUUAAGAUUGGAAAAGGAAGCGACGCUAACCGACGAAGAAAAGAAACAAAUUCCUGUUGUUGGAUCCGUCGCAUUGCACAUGACGCGACUCGAAGAGGAAUACACCAAGAGUCUCAACAAAAUAUCACAUCAUUCCGAAGAGUACGUGGUGCGACUCCGGGAUGAAUCCAAAUUGGUGGUUUUGCUCGAACGAUUCCAAAAGUACUUUCAACGGGUAGAUAUGGUGGCGGAAGCGGCAGGAUUGGCGCAGCUUCGAAUUGAACAUGUCUAUUAUCGGCAUGAUACCAUUGCCAAGCAUGUCGAUCGUGCGGCCGAAUUCUACGAACGCUUUGGAGAAGCUGCUCUUUUGCAUCCGGCGUGUUUGACGACUGCCGGGGUAGAUGGUGGCGACAAUAAUAUUGGAACAGACUAUUCCAAAGUGCAUCCCGGAGCAUCUGCGGGUAAACCGGCCAUUGACGAAGCGGCGUCCAAGGCAAGUGCUACCGAUUGGACCGUCCUCAUGGCGGAACUCUGUACAUUCAUCUACAAGCACGGAACCGAUGCCGCCAAAACACGGGCCGUCAUUUGUCAUGUGUACCAUCAUGCCAUCCACGAUCGUUUUCUUGAAGCGCGCGAUUUGUUGCUCAUGAGUCACAUUCAAGAAAACAUUUACAAUUCCGAAGAUGUCGGGACCAUGAUCAUGUUCAACCGAAUGAUGGUCAACGUGGGAAUGUGUGCAUUUCGAAUGGGACGUAUCUUUGAUGCGCAUCAGUGUCUCUCCGAUAUCUGCUCUGGAAGAGUUCGAGAACUCUUGGCACAAGGGGUCAGCUCGGGUCGAUUCAAUGACAAGAGUGCCGAUCAAGAAAAGGCCGAAAAGCGACGACAAGUGCCCUACCAUCAACACAUCAACAUGGACCUGCUCGAGGCGUGUCACUUGAUCAGUGCCAUGUUGCUGGAAGUCCCCAACAUGGCGGCCAACACGAUGGAUGGGGAUCAAUACAAUAAUCGUCGAACUCGAAUCAUUUCUCGGACCUUCCGCAAGUUCCAUGACCAGUACGAUCAUCAGGUGUUCACGGGCCCUCCCGAGCAGACUCGUGACUUUGUGAUGAGCGCCGCAAAGUCAUUGAUGAAGGGAGACUGGAAGACUUGUUCUGAUUUGGUGACUCACUUGGAUGUUUGGAAUUUGAUUCCUGGCGAGCACAACGUCACAGAGCAGCUGGAAACGAUGCUGAUAUCCAAGAUCAAACUGGAAGGGCUCCGGACGUAUCUCUUCUCCUUCUCGGCUCAGUAUGAUUCGUUGUCCUUGACGCAGCUCUGCGCCAUGUUUGAAAUGAGCAAGAAUGAAGUCCACAGUGUAGUCUCCAAGAUGAUGAUCAACCGAGAACUCUAUGCUAGCUGGGAUCAACCAACAGAGACCAUUGUCUUACGAAAGGUCGAGCCAACGUCGUUGCAGGUCAUGGCACUUCAGUUUGCUGAGAAAACCGCUUCUCUCGUAGAAGCCAAUGAACGCCUUUUGGAUUCACAGAGCGGAUUCUACGGAUACAAGGAUGAACAUCACUGGAAGAAUCGAGGCGAUGGCGGCGGUGAAGGAGGCUUUGGCCGUGGCGGUCGUGGUGGGCGUGGUGGAUACAGAGGCGGCGGUGGAAGAGGACGAGGUGGCCGUGGUGGCGGUUAUCGUGGUGGACGCGAUGGUCGUGGUGGACGCGAUGGUCGUGGCGGAGGUGGAAGAGGACGAGGUGGACGUGGUGGCGGUUAUCAGGGAGGACGAGGCGGUCGUGGAGGUGGUUACCAGGGUGGCGGCGGUGGUUACCAGGGUGGCGGCGGUGGUUACCAGGGUGGGGCGGUGGUUACCAGGGCGGUGGCGGUGGUUAUCAGGGCGGUGGCGGACGUGGAGGAGGUUAUCAGGGCGGUGGCGGCCGUGGAGGUGGUGGUUACCAGGGCGGAGGCGGUGGAUACCAGGGCGGAGGCGGUGGAUACCAGGGUGGAGGCGGUGGUUACCAGGGCAACAGGAAUCGCAACUUCUAAGGAUGUACUUUGCCUUGGACCGUGUGGUUCGUGCCGUCGGCGAAAGUUUCCAUGCUUUGACUUCUAAAUAGUGGCCGAAAUCAAGAAUAAAAGAUAUGCAUGAAUUUAAGGGUAGUUAACUCUACUGGACUACCUUCAAAAGGCUCCCUU